CUUCCUUGUUGGGGUACUUCAUGACUAACUUUUCUUUGCCUUUCUCUGUUGGCUAUUCUUCUUCUUCUUCUUCUUCUUCUUCUUCUUUCAAGACACCUCCUGCUCCCCUCCCUCUACCUUGUAAUUCCUAACACACAAUCAGAAACCCAGAAAAAUAUUAAACCAAAUCACCAUGGGAGGAGGCAACGGUCAGAAAUCAAAGAUGGCUCGUGAGAGGAACAUAGAGAAGCAAAAAGCUGCAAAGAGAAGCCAACUUGAGUCUAACAAAAAAGCUAUGACUAUCCAGUGCAAGGUGUGCAUGCAGACAUUCAUAUGUACCACAACAGAGGUGAAGUGCCGGGAACACGCUGAAGCAAAGCACGCUAAGUCCGAUGUGUAUGCCUGCUUCCCGCAUCUUAAAAAUGACGCUGGAAGUGUAAAACAGUAACUUGCAAACUGCAAUCCAUAAUAGAAUUUAAGUACGUUUGCUACUCUUCGAACAAUUUCAUGAUUCGCGCCAUAUGGGUUUUAGAUGCGUGAAAAUUCUGGUUAAUUGUCUUGAUGCGCCUCCCUCCCAUGUACACGUUGAUGGUUCUACGCUUCAUAUUUUGACCUUUUGAAUUC